UACCGCUUGCGUCUUAGCUAGAAUGAAAACAUGUCAGAGGACCGCUAUUUGUCGUGAACGAUGCGUUUUCAGUAGCGUGGUUCACUGACAGUUGAUGUUUUUACUGAAUCUACUGAGCUACUGAAUUGUCACUGUGAUUGACAGUCAAACGAAACAUCUGCGUAGGUAUGAUGUGAGGAUGCGUUGCCUGGUGGCACGGGUCAACUAUAAAACACUGAUAGUGAUCUGUGCCGUGUUCACCCUCAUCACCGUCCUGCUGUGGAACCGGUGCUCUAGCGAGCUUCCCCCUGGCCCCCCCCACCAACUCCGGGCAGCCUUCACGCCCGAGGCAGAGGCCGACGCCGACGCCGUCGGCGCAGACAGCCCUGAGGCCCCGCCAGUGGCCAGAAAGGUUCCGUAUGAAGAGAUCGAGUGCCUCAUCAACGAGGACACGACCAUCAAAGGGAAGCGUGAGGGGGGCGAGGUGUUCUUACCCUUCAGCUGGGUGGAGAAGUACUUUGGUGUGUACGGCAGGAUUGCACAGUAUGACGGCUCGGAGCGCUUCGAGUUCUCCCACAGCUACUCCAAGGUGUACGCCCAGCGCGAGCCCUAUCACCCUGACGGCGUUUUCAUGUCGUUCGAGGGCUACAACGUGGAGGUGCGCGAGAGGGUGAAGUGCAUCAGCGGAGUAGAGGGAGUGCCAGUGUCCACACAGUGGGGCCCAAAGGGCUACUUCUACCCUAUUCAGGUCGCCCAGUAUGGCCUGAGCCACUACAGCAAGAACCUGACGGAGCGCCCCCCCAGCGUGGAGCUGUACGACCGGGCCGAGGGAACCGCUGGAAGCCCCAGUCCAUGGACGGUCCCCAAGGGAUGUUCCCUCACUAAACUCCUGGACUCCACGCGGCCCGCCUCCACCCGACAGUUCAGUGCCCCAGAUAACUGCCAAGGCAUCUCUCUGGCUCUGGGUAACUCCAGGGACUUCGUUCUCUCGUUCGACGUGAAGUUUCUGACCAACGGGAGUGUUUCCGUAGUGCUGGAGACCUCGGAGAAAGGCCCUCCGUUUGUCAUCCACUACGUGACCAGCUCUCUGCUGCUGGCCUACAGCGACCGCGCGGUCACCUACGGGAUCGGCGCCCGCGCCUCGUGGAGCACCGUGACUCGUGACCUGCUGACAGACCUGCGGAAGGGCAUGGGUCUGUCCGCUACCAAAGUGGUGCGGGCGGUGAAGGUGACGCCGCGGCGUGUGACGGAGCUGCUGCUCAGGGGCUCGGGCUUCAUCGACAACAUCACUGUCUCGUCCACCGCCCACCAGGCCGCCUUCUUCUGCGCCAGCCGUUGGUUGCUAAGCAACCAGGACGAGCGAGGGGGCUGGCCUAUCAGGGUGACGCGCAAGCUGGGCGAGGGCUUCAGGGCUCUGGAGCCCGGCUGGUACUCGGCUAUGGCACAGGGCCAGGCGAUGUCCACGCUGGUGAGGGCGUACCUCCUCACCCGCGACCCGGCCUUCCUCAGCGCAGCCCUGCGGGCCACGGGGCCCCUCAAGCGCACCUCGGAACAGCACGGGGUCAAGGCCGUGUUCAUGAACAAGUUCGACUGGUACGAGGAGUACCCCACCUCGCCCAGCUCCUUCGUGCUGAACGGCUUCAUCUACGCCCUCAUUGGGCUGUACGACGUGGCAGAAACGGCGGGAGACAAGCUGGGGCGUGAGGCGGGAGUGCUGUUCAGUCGGGGAAUGGAGUCACUGAAGGCCAUGCUGCCUCUUUUUGACACUGGCUCUGGCACCGUCUAUGACCUGCGGCACUUUGUGUUGGGCACAGCACCCAACGUGGCUCGCUGGGACUACCACACCACACACAUCAACCAGCUGCAGCUGCUGGCCUCCAUAGACAACGCGCCCAUCUUCAGAGAGUACCUCAAGCGCUGGAAGACCUAUCUGAAAGGAGGCCGUGCCAAGCACAACUAACAUUCUUCAUUGUGUGCCUCUCAGCUAAGAAGCUUCCUUCAAGUUCAAAGUUCAAGUUCAAAGUACUUUAUUGUCAUUGUCACAAAAACAGCGAGACAGACGAGGCAGCAUCACACAGCUGAUGUGGCGUGUAACAGCUUUCCACACUUUAAAAUCAAAUGUCUUGUUACUUUGUCAUCGUUUUUUAUUCCAAAACCAGAUCCUGGUAAACAAGCAGUUUAGUUUCUGUAGAAGGUAAAAAAUGUUCAGGCAAUAAGAGAAAUCUAUCUCACCUUGAAGACAACCUGGAGUGCUUCUCUCUGUUGAGUGUCUUGUGUGACUAAGCAUUCAUACAUAGUUGUACACCCAAUGAAUGUAGGUCAUGUAAGGCAGGCAUAAGCACAGACGUGAUCUGGUCUAUGCGUUAUAGAUUAUAUAUAUACAGUAUAUAUAUAUAUAUAUAUAUAUAUAUAUAUAUAUAUAGCAUUAUAUAUAUAGCAUGGCCUACACUUAAAAAUGUGCUUCAAACACAGCACACUAUUGUCUGAGUUCAUUAUAAACCAGAAUUGUGCUUUUUCAGCCUGACUUACUUCUGCAGGAUCACCGGCACUGCGGGGAGUAAGUAGUUGCUCACUGAUGUUUUCUACUGCCGAGAAUUAGAUUCAGAUUCUUGAACAGUCGAUAAUGUACACUAUUCAUGAGGCUUCCGUUUCAGCAGCCCUCUGAACAGUAGGCUAAGUCAUUCAUAUUAUUUCCUUCAGAGCUGGUCAAGUAGCAAGUGCUAUUUUAACAGCCACUGACUUUUCAAAGUAAUUGAAAUUGAGUAUUUUGUUCACAGUGUAUUAACCAGCGUCUGGUCUAACAGCAACUGCCUUUUCAAAGCCACGUCUUUAUGAGUUUUCGACUGUGAGUGAAAAGCACAUGUCCCAGUCACAUAGAUUCUGUUCAUGGCACAGAUAGAGGACGGCUGUAGAUGCCUAGUUGUCCCACAGAUUCAGAUAUUAAAGCUUCAUCUCAAAAGGUAGAAGGUACACACUCCCCUAAGUACCUCAAAACAUGAAGCGCCCUCCGUCAUUACCAUUUUUUCCCAGAAUGUCUGUUGCACAUUCCUGCACAGAUGUCCUUCUUUAUCUAUCAGUCAUUCUCACAGUAAGAACUGUAGAAGAGCAAGCAGUCAGUAGUGAGGCACUCUCAGAGCUGUUGGUUAGCACUUUAAACUAACAUUCAUUUAGAAUGUGCAGUCCAGAUAUCUUCACUAUGUUGUGUGUUUUGAAGUUGCAUUCUGCUGUAGUGUGUGUGUGUGUGUGUAUCAGUGGUCCUCCCUCAAAGUUGAAUCCAGAAGAAAAUUAAAAAGACUAAUGCUUCCUCCAGGUGUGGAGUAUGUAGGUGAAUCUGAAGUUAACAUAUCCACUUUCAGACAGCCUCCUGUCGGUGGGCUGACACAAGAACCGUCCAGCAAGGCUGAGGAAUGCACCUAACCUCCAGGUGUACCUAGUGCAUCUCCCCAGCAGAGCUAGCUUGGAUGAAUCAUCGUGAGGAGCAACCCCCCCACCACCACCACCUUAAAGACCACACAAUUUCAGACCUCAUCCAAGUUUGGAUGGUCUGUCAGCUAUUGUACAUUUUGUAUUUCUGGUUAGGGUGUUCUUUAUGCCAACUCAUUUGAAUUUGUCAAGUAAAAGUUGCUAUUCACCUGUUAA